AUGGGCAAGACAUCCACCGAUGUUAAAGGAGCUCUUGCUGUGAAGAAGACCACGAAGCAGAAGCUGAAGAAGCAGGAGAUAAAGACAAUGAGAAAAUUGAUCGAAUCUCUCAAAGAAGUGAACGAAAAUUUAGAAGAACUACUGAAGACAUACUCGGAGUGGACAGAUAUGUCCAAGGCGGACCUACCGGAGACUUCAUUGAAAGAGAAAGAAACCCCAAAGAAAGAGGUGGUCUCGAGAUAUCCAUGCUGCUAUGAAAGUCAAGAUUCAAAGGCACCUAAUAAGGCAGUCCUUUUCGUUAAGGGAUUUGAUAAUUCCCUUGAUAGGGAUGAUAUCAAGAGCGCCUUGAUUAAACAUUUCGGUUCAUGUGGAGAGAUCACAUGGGUUUUUGUUCCCUUUGAGUGUGCAACCGGGGUUCCCAAAGAAUUUGCUUUCAUUGAUGUGGAAGAUAAAAAGAAGGCGUUAUCACUCAGUGGAAGUUACAUGGGAGGACGUAAGCUUGAGGUUAUUAUGGCUAGACGUAUGAUCGAAUACGUUGGCAAAAACAUGAGCGGGUGUCUUCGUUGUCGCCAGGCUGAUAUGAAAGCCUGUGCUUACCGCUUCUAUAGUAAAAGACCCAGGCUACCACACCUGGCUACCUCGAGGCGUUGAAAGCCCGUAGCAUAGAUGAAGAAUCAGUAUCCGACUGAUACUGGUCGUUUUACAGUUGCU